CGUUCACUUCACCCUCCCUCUUCCUUGCUCUUGACUUGCAAAUACAAGCCUGAAGAAACAUUGCCGGUACUAUUUGAUAAGAAGGUCCCAGAAAAGUGACACGCAGUCGUUGGCUAACUCGUCAUACGGAAAAAAGACAAAAGUUGGACACGAUGGAGGUUCUGGUGCUAUUAGAUUUCGAAGGCACCAUGGGGGACGAGAUCACAGUCCGGACAGGUGACGUGGUGAAAAACGUCACCAAGGCCAGCGAAGACGGCUGGCUGGAGGGUGAGGUGCAAGGGAAACGAGGCAUUUUCCCAGCCAACUUUGUCAAGGAGGUGCCUGUUUAUUUGAUGGGUGACAAGGAGAGGGAACCAAGAAGUAUUCGGACAACAAAGAAAAUGAAACAAGUGAGAACAUGUGAAGUCGUCUUUGCCUACAACCCAGUGAACGAAGACGAACUGCAGCUGGUAGUUGGGGAGAAGGUGGAAAUCAUCAGCGAGAUUGAAGAUGGAUGGUGGAUGGGCAUCAAAAAUGGCAGAGUGGGGGCAUUUCCAUCUAACUUUGUCAGAGAACUCUUCGUCGCCCCGAAAGAUGGUAAACACAAUGACAGCAAGGCCAGACCAAAGCUAAGCGACGCAGUCUUCAGUAAAGAGAUGUCUCUGAGAGCAACAGUGCGCAGCAAAGCAAAAAAUGUGGUGGAGUGUUGCCAAGUCAUGUUCGACUACAAGGCCAAAGCAGAGGACGAGCUGGAUUUAAAGACGGGGGAUGUUGUUGUCAUACUAAAAAAGGACACCGAAGAUGAAGGCUGGUGGGAGGGCGAGCUCAACGGACGCUGUGGGUUCUUCCCUGAUAAUUUCGUCAUGGUGAUACCGCCAAUGGACAGCCUAAAGGCUGGUAACAAGAGCCUACCGCCUGCACGCAACAUCAACAAGGAAGUCUCAGUCAAAAAAGAAGUCCCACCCAUGGAGAAAGUUGUCCCGGCAAAGCAAAAAGAUGAAAAACCAGAGCUUAAGGACUUGCGAAGCCAUCCUCCAACCAAAGUCAAGCUUCCGAGCAUCAACAAACUUAACCCGACUCAACUCAAAGACAAAACCAAUAAGGGUUUAUCCAAAGCCAAUGGAGAUGUGUCCCCACACUCACCGAAAUCCCCCGAGGAGAAAAAUGGCGAUCAUUUUGAUGGCAUUGAAGUGGACAACGAUAAGCUAAACCACCCCACAGCCAACCGAGCCAAGCCCCCACAGAGAAGACCACCAACGGGUAUGGCCGUGGGAGCGCAGACUCCGAGUGAGCCUGAACCACAACUGACCAAGAAGGGCCAAACUGAUAAACUCCCUGGCUUACAAAAGGGUGCGGAAAAUCUUAAGCUGCCACCACCAGCAAAGCUGGACCAACGACCUAAGACGCCGCCUCCAGUGCGACCGGCGCCACCACGAGUACAGUCGCCGGAAGUCCGAAACGUGGCCCCAAAAAACGAAGUGACGCUGGAGAGCCUGCAGGCGGAAAUCAAGGAACUACGAAUGGCUCUAGAGCUUCUUCAGACGCAACACGAAAAGGAGAUCCAGGAACUGAAGGACGAGCUGCGAUCUCAAAGAAACAAACCAAUGGACUAACGUCCUUCUCCUCUUUGAAAGCGCAACUAUUAUAAUAGCAAGAAAACAUUGUUUUCUCUGCAGGAAGAAGAACACAUAUUGAGACAGGAAUAAUAAUCUCAAAGCACAGUGGACCUCACCGAAUGCCUAUCGACUGCAAACAAGCUCACAACAAGCAAGGAUUACAUUGACUCUCUUUUUUAUGUUGCGGGUCAAAUUGAACUGUACAGAAACAUGCAUGCACACACAAAAAAAUUAUUAUAGCACAUUUAUUCUGCUGGGCUUACUAUUGUUUCUAUUAUCUUUGUUUUUUUUUUUAAAUAAUCAAGAAUAGAUAGAUUUUGCACUGUGAUAAACUUUUCGGAUGAUUGUAGCGGGUCACAUUGACCCAUGAACUUUUUUGGUAAGGAAUAAAUACAACAUGAGGGUGAGAGACAGAAUGUAUUUUGUAUAUGUGAAAUAUUUGUGAUGGGUUCAAUUUCUUUACACAUACAUAACAUUUACUAUAAUGUGAUAUGGUGUAUGCAGUUGUACAAGGAGUAUUUUCUCAGUUUCUCCGCACAUGAAUUUUAUAUUCCAAAUAAUGUCCACAUGGGGGCGCCAUUAAGCUAUUAAAUAUAACCUUUUCUGAGACUGCUGCAUAUGUGAACGUGGAUUCAAGUAAAAAAUAAAUUUAAAAACUAGAGCCACUUUGAGUUGAAAAAUACUUUACAUUUUCAGUUAUUCAUUUACUUUUAUUUCCUUUCACUGUACCUGUAAAUACUAACAUUCAUCUGCCUUUUUUCGGUCUUCUGACACAUUGAGGUGUCAACCUGCAAUAUUUCCGCUAUGGAAGUAGUACCAGAAGUGUGACAGUAACUGUGAAUAAAACUAACACCUGA